AUGGAGGUUUCCCUAAUGACCCUGUUGGUGUCUCUGUGGAUGAAGACGUUGGUGAACUGGGUGGUGUUGAUGGUGCAGAAGGGUCAUGUGGGGCAGAGCUUCUGGGGCAUCUUCUGCAUGUCAGUGGCAUUGGGUGACGCCCUCCUGCACCUGAGUGUCACCUGCGUUUUCUUGGUUCAGGAUGUUCAAGUGUUUGAGCUGCGCCUCACUAAGUACCAUGUGUGUGUUCUGGUUCAGGCGGCGUGUUCCAUCCAGGGGGUUCUGCACUGGCCCGUCUUCAUCCUCUGUGGACUGGACAUCCUGUGGCGCACACGCCAUCCCUGUCCUCAUCUCACACAAAUGAUCGUCCACGCCACCGUUGUGUUCCUGCUGUGGACUCUGGCCAUGUUUUUUGUCUUCACCAUCCCCGAUUCCCACCUGCUCACAAAAGACGAGGACGAUCACAUCACCCUGCAGCGGUGUCAGGUGAUGGGUGGGGCUCAGAGCCGGCAGGUGGCCUGGGCAUCGUUGCUGACGCUAGUGGGCAUGGCUUGCUACAUACUCUCAGUGAGGAGAACGAACGCUGAACAGCUGAGGAAGUGUGUCUGUCACUUCCUGUCCACCUGGAGCACCUUCCUGUUCCUGCUGCUCUUUAUCUUGGUGUCCGGAACAGAAGUUCCUCCAUAUGUGGACAUGAACAGCAUGUGGCUGUGUUUUAUUCACAGUCUGUAUACUGUAUUGGCCCUGCAGAGCUGCACUUGCAUUUUCUGUGCUCAAUGUCUCAUACACGUCUGCUUCCUGACAAACAAAUUGAGUUUCACUGCAGAAACUCCUUCAGAGCAGACGCUUCACACUCGGAGACUCACCUGA